AUGGGAUGGGGUAAAGUGCUUCCGUACCAGGCCUCCUUUAGGAAUCUAGUCGCAUGCAGAACUAAGUGCCAAUUGCUCGUUUGCUUGCCUGUGAAAGUCGCACAGGGCGUUGAUGAUGCUGCAGAUGGAGCGAACAGAAACGGUGGAUAUAAGACAGGACAACGGUCGAGGAAAUUAAAACAAAAAAGUCUGUCCGCUGUCUUUAGAACGGCGCGCAAGCCGCUGGUAUAUAUGAGAAGGGGUGAUGAGCAAGGGGAGCAGCUCUCGGUGCGGAGGAGUCCAGGUUCUGACAGCUUUGCUUGUUACUCUGUAAUUUUUUUUCUUUUGCAACGCGAAAGUCGACGUUCAAUAGCCUUGAUAUACCGGUCGGUAGAUUGCUUGUACGAAGAAUCCUCAGGUCGUAGUUCGUUUUUUUUAUUAUAUGUAGAGUCUUGGUAG